GAACAGACGGAUCCGACCCGAUUGCCGCGUUUCAUUCUUCUGCAUCGGCUCCGCGGGAAGCCAAAAACCAAAACCCUUCCGGGAUAAUGGCGGCCGACGGCGGCGGAUCUCGGCCGGCGGUGGCCGGCUCCGCCGAGCACAAUCUUGCUCGCACCUUCAAGUACCUCAUGGCCACGCAGCUCUUGUCGAGAGGAAUCCCGUUUGUUUUCAAUUCUUGGAUCGUCAGGCACCUCACUGAAAUUGAUUACGCGAUUUAUGCAGUGCAAUUUCAGCUUUUGGUUACGUGCAUCCUAUUUCUUAGUCGGGAGGGAUUUCGCCGUGCAUGCCUACGUAUGGAUUUUUCAUGUGAUGGUGCAACUUUGGAAGAAAAUGCAGCAAGGCUACUGAGAGUAACUUGGAUGACUUUCCCAAUUGGCAUAUUCUUCACUACUAUCACCUGCUUCUCUCUCAUCUUGUUUCAGAAGCGUAAAUUUUCAGAUCCAUAUGCACAAGCUAUAUUGAUUCAGGGAUUUGCUUGCAUAUUAGAGUUAUUGGCAGAACCCUUGUACAUUCUUUCUCAAAAUCUGCUUCUCCUCAAACUGAGGUUGGUAGUUGAAAGUGCAGCUACUAUUCUACGUUGCAUGACAACCUACACUCUUAUAGUGCAAGGAGCUAACAUGGAAAAAGAGAUCAUAUUUGCUUUGUCUCAGGUGGCAUAUGGUGCCUGUGUGUUCAUUGGAUAUUGGACCUAUUUCCUUACUUUCCGUGUCAUAAAAUGUUCCAAUCUUUUCCCCUUAAGGCCAUGGAUUCUUCUGGAUGAGGAUAAACAACUACGGCAUAUGUGUGCUGUAUUUACAGGCCAAUCAUUUCGAAAGCUAAUACUGCAGGAAGGCGAGAAGUUUGUUCUUGUUGGGAUUGAUACACCCUAUAACCAGGCCGCCUAUGGCCUUGUGGAUAAAUUAGGAAGCUUGGUAGUAAGAAUGGUGUUUCUUCCUUUCGAGGAAAGUUCUUUUGCUACUUUUGCUAAAUUAGCUUCAGGGAAAUCAUCCCAGCAGGAUAUGAGGUUAGCAAAUGCCCUAGUGGAUGCCCUUAAGCUUGUUCUAUUAAUAGGCCUUUUUGUUGUGGCUUUUGGUCCAAGCUACUCAUAUAUUCUCAUCCGACUACUUUAUGGCAAAAAUUGGAGUGAUGGCGAGGCAACAAUGGCCCUUAGGUGUUAUUGCCUCUAUGUCAUUUCGUUAGCUAUGAAUGGAACAUCUGAAGCAUUUCUUCAUGCAGUUGCAAAUGAGAGUCAACUUAAGCGUUCAAAUUUUUAUUUACUCAUGUUCUCUGUGGUUUAUGUUGGACUUAAUGUCAUGCUGAUCAAAGCAGCCGGAGCAGUGGGGUUGAUUGCUGCAAAUUCAUUGAAUAUGAUCCUACGAAUUAUUUACUCAGUAUUUUUCAUCAAGAACUAUUUCCAGGGUUCAUUUUCCUUUCAACGUUGCUUGCCAUCAGGCUGGAUACUUCUAAUCAUUUCUGGAGCCAUAACACUCUUUUCUGGAGAUAAUGUUUUUAUAGGAAAUAACUUCUGGCAGACUAUGUUAAUUCAUCUCGCAGUUGGUGUCGCUUUGCUUUAGCCAUCUCCACAGCUGUAAUAUAUCAUCGUGAAAAGCGUUUCAUCAUGAAUAUUAUUCGGACCCGUAAACAUGUUGACUGAGAAAGGAUUGCUUGUUACUUAUGGUAAGUGUUCAAUUUCAGAGCCAGCAGGUACCUGCCGUUUGUAUUAUUGUAGUAACUUUUCAGUGGUUAAUAACUGUUUGUUCCUGAAAUUCUUCCAGUUGAGGUCUUAUUAAUUAUUGACAUCUGAAUUAGAAAGAUGUUUUGAAAGAUUAUUUUUCGAAGAUCUCGGAGUUUCCGUGGUCAGUGGUCACAGUUGAUAACGCAGGAUUAGACCAAUGAAAUCAUAAUGAUAGGAUUGUUCAAAUUCAUAUAUCAUAUUUAGAUAGUAUGGAGGAGGAAAUGUGAACUAUCAGUAUGGUGAUUCUAUGUUAUUCUAUGUACUUAUUUAAUUUGGUAUUCUAUGUUUAAUUUGAGUUCAAUAUUUUU